AGCCUAGCCAUGGUGAACCCUAUUUUGUACUUUGACAUCGCCGUCAAUGGGGAUCCCUUGGGCCGCGUCACCUUCAAGCUGUUUGCGGACAAAAUUCCAAAGAUGGUAGAAAACUUUCAUGUUCUGAGGACUGGGGAGAAAGGAUUUGGUUAUAAAGGUUCCUCCUUUCACAGAAUUAUUCCAGGAUUUAUGUGCCAGGGUGGUGACUUCACACGACAUAAUGGCACAGGCGGCAAGUCCAUCUAUGGGGAGAAAUUUGAUGAUGAGAAUUUCAUCCUGAAGCACACGGGUCCUGGCAUCUUGUCCAUGGCAAAUGCUGGACCCAACAAAAAUGGUUCCCAGUUUUUCAUCUGCACUGCCAAGACUGAGUGGUGGGAUGGCAAGCACGUGGUCUUCGGCCAGGUGAAAGACGGCAUGGAUGUUGUGACAACCAUGGAGAGCUUUGGGUCCAGGAAUGGCAAGACCAGCAAAAAGGUCACCAUUGCUAACUGUGGACAACUCUCAUAAAUUUGACUUGUGUUUUAUCUUAACUACCAGACCAUUCCUUCUGUAGCUCAG